AUGGAAUUCAGAGCUUUCCAGUAUUCGCAGACCUUGAUCUAUGCAAUAGAGGAGAUCAACAACAGUUCGUCUUUACUGCCUGGAGUCUCACUGGGCUAUAAGAUCUUUGAUACUUGUGGUUCUGCAACACAGGGGGUCAAAGUAGCAAUGACUCUUGUGAAUGGAAAUGAGAACUCAGUUUCAGAUCAGAUCUGCACAAAGCCAGCUCAUGUGCAAGCCAUAAUAGGAGAGACAUUUUCAUCAGUGUCCAUGGCUAUAGCAAAGAGUAUUGGACCUUUCAGCAUCCCCUUAAUAAGUUACCAUUCUACCUGUGAGUGUCUGAGUGAUAAAAGGAAAUAUCCCUCAUUUCUGCGCACUAUUCCCAGUGAUUAUUACCAGACCAUAGCACUUGCAGAGUUGGUCAAAAACUUUGGCUGGACCUGGGUGGGAGCAAUAAAAAGAGAUGAUGACUAUGGUAACAGUGGAAUGGCUGCAUUUAUUAAAAUUGCAGAACAACUGGGUAUAUGUGUAGAAUAUUCCCUUCCAUUUUUUAUAACAUAUUCAAAAGAAAGAGUCUUGAGAAUUGUUGAGCAAAUUAAAAGCGCUACUUCUCGAGUGAUAGUGGGAUUUGUCACUCCCCGGGAAUUUGAGAUUUUAUUUCAAGUAUUUGCUGAACACAACAUCACUGGAUACCAGUGGGUGGGAACUGAGGGAUGGAUUGCUGAUCCAGUAGCAGCCACACUGGAUAAGUACAAUAUAUUGCAAGGAGCUAUAGGGCUAGCUAUUCCCAAAACAACGGUAACAGGUCUGAAGGACUUCAUUCUAGAUGUAAAACCACUGAAAUCAGUAGGCAGUGCCAUUUUUACAAAAUUCUGGGAGGCUUUGUUUACCUGUACAUAUAGAGGACAGAAUAAUUCAGUGGGCAUGCCAAUGUGCACAGGUGAAGAGAAACUGUCUGAAGUGAUAAACACCUUCACUGACAUGUCCAUGAUGCCCAUUUUCAAUAAUGUAUAUAAAGGAGUGUAUGCCAUUGCCCAUACACUCCAUGAACUUCUUGGCUGCAAACAAACAUGUCCUACAAAGACGCAGCCUGAUCCUUUCACACCCAUCUGCUGUUUCGACUGCAUACCAUGUGCUGCUGGAGAGAUCAGUAAUAUGUCAGAUUCAGUUGAAUGUGAACGGUGCCAACAAGAUUAUUGGUCAAAUGCAGACAAGAAUAAAUGUGUAAAGAAGGAAGUUGAAUAUUUGUCCUAUCAGGAAACAAUGGGAAUUUUGCUAACAGUGGUUUCUAUUGGUGGUUCAUUGAUGACAAUAGUAAUAGCAUUUAUAUUUUUAAAAUAUAAAAAUACACCAAUAGUAAAAGCCAACAACUCUGAACUGAGCUUCCUUCUGCUCUUUUCUCUGACUCUGUGUUUCCUCUGUUCACUUACUUUCAUUGGACAGCCCUCUGAGUGGUCCUGUAUGCUGCGCCACACAGCAUUUGGAAUUACCUUUGUCCUUUGCAUCUCCUGUGUUCUGGGAAAAACUAUAGUGGUGUUAAUGGCCUUCAGGGCUACACUUCCAGGCAGUAAUGUCAUGAAAUGGUUUGGGCCUCCACAACAGAGACUCAGUGUACUUGUCUUCACUCUCAUACAGGUCCUUAUUUGUGUGCUUUGGUUGAUGAUAUCCCCCCCAUUCCCUUUCAGAAAUCUCAUGCACUAUAAGGAAAAGAUCAUUCUUGAAUGCAGUUUGGGCUCAACCAUAGGUUUCUGGGCUGUGCUGGGUUACAUAGGACUUUUAGCACUUUUAUGUUUUAUUUUAGCUUUUCUAGCUAGGAAGCUUCCAGAUAAUUUUAAUGAAGCUAAAUUCAUAACAUUCAGCAUGGUAAUGUUCUGUGCAGUUUGGAUUGCUUUUAUUCCAGCUUAUGUCAGUUCUCCUGGAAAAUUCACUGUAGCUGUAGAGAUAUUUGCUAUUUUAGCAUCAAGCUUUGGUUUACUAUUCUGUAUCUUUCUUCCAAAGUGUUACAUAAUCAUCCUGAAGCCAGAGAAAAACACUAAAAAACAAAUUAUGGGAAAAGUGCCUGUUCAAUAAGUUAAUAGUUUAAAUAUGCAUGAUUAAUAUUGACCAACAUGA